AGUUUCACGUUGAUCGCGUUCCGUCCAGCAGUAAGAACUUUCUCUUCGUUCCUUCAUAACAACAUGGACUGGAAAGAGGACGACAAUGGUCACGGCAACAUGCAUGACAGCUGUAACCACGGACAUGCAGGUCAUUCUCACAGUCAUGGGCCCAGAGCGCCGCACCCCUUUAUGACACCUUUUAACGGACAGUUCGCCAAUAAAGGUGAUCAGGCGAUGGACAUCAGUCAGCAGCCGAAGAGACGCUCGCACAUGGACGACAGUGGCAGCUGGGACAUAGUGAAGGCAACACAGUUUGGUAUCCUUGAGCGCUGCAAGGAGCUGGUGGAAGCAGGAUAUGACGUCAGGCAGCCGGACAAAGAGAACGUCUCUCUGCUGCACUGGGCGGCCAUCAACAACCGUGCAGAGCUGGUCAAGUAUUAUAUUUCCAAAGGGUCAAUAGUAGAUCAGCUUGGAGGUGACCUGAACUCCUCUCCUCUUCACUGGGCCAUAAGGCAGGGCCACCUCCCCAUGGUGAUCCAGCUGAUGAGAUACGGAGCCGACCCCGCCAUCGCAGACGGGGAAGGUUACCGCGCUCUCCACCUCUCCAUCCUCUUCCAGCACAUGGCCAUAGCAGCUUAUCUCAUGGCGAAGGGACAGGAAGUCGAUGGGCCUGACUGCAACGGACAGACGCCGCUAAUGUUAGCAGCACAGAAGAUUAUUGGGCCUGAACCAACAAAUUUCUUAAUAAAAAAUAACGCCUCAGUGAAUGCUGUAGACAAAGUGAACAGGAACACUCCGCUCCACUGCGCCGUGCUGGCAGGAAACGUGGACGCUGCCCACAUCCUUCUGGAGGGUGGGGCCAGCGUGGAGGCGGAAAACCUCAACGGUCACACCCCCAUCGACUUGGCCCACCAGGUGCAAAGCCCGCUGCUCAUCCACAUGCUCAACCACGUCAAGCAGGAGAGGGUUCGCUCCAACUCGCGCUGCCUGCGGUUCGUCAACAGAUACAGGGUCUUUCUACAGUUUUUGCUCUGCACAGUUGUUUUUGGGAGUGUGGGCGCCAUCGUUGAUAUGAACUCUGAGUCAUGGCUGCUCAAAGGGAUCCUGCUGGCCUGCGUGGUGGGGGUGGUCAAUUUGGCAUCAAGGAACUUCCCAAGUCCCGGUUUUCAGUCUCUCCUUCCUGCCACAGCUCUCAUGGCUUCAGUGUUCUGGAUGAUCGUCACCUGGUGCCUCUGGUUCCUGCCAGAUGGGCCCAGUGCCACGGUUCAGGCUUUGUUCACUGUGAAUGCCACCGCUCUGCUCUACUUUUACCUGCGCACCUGCAGGACCGACCCAGGCUUCGUCAAGGCAACUGAAGAAGAGAAGAAAAUGAAUGUGUUGGUGUUGGCUGAAGCCGGCUGCCUGGACCCAAGGAUAUUCUGCACGUCCUGUAUGAUUAAGAAACCGAUGAGAGCGAACCACUGCUUCAACUGUGACGCCUGUGUGGCCAAGCAGGACCACCACUCCGUCUGGACCAACGGCUGCAUCGGUGCGAGGAACCACCACUACUUUGUCCUCUUCCUGUUCUCCCUCCUGCUGAUGGGAGCCUGGGUGUUCUACGGUUGCCUCAAAUACUGGGGGACUCACUGUGUGCUGCAUUACGAGGAGCAGGGCCUGUGGGGGGUGGUCUCGGUGCUGGUCACCUGCUCUCCCUGGCUGCUCAGCGUCUUCCUGCUGGCCUUCUACCACACCUGCUGGUCCGGCAUCAUGCUGCUGCUGCAGCUCUACCAGAUUGCCUUCCUGGGACUGACCACAGCAGAGCUGUCGAGCCUGACGAUGCACCAGAGGAAACAACGACAACCAGUCUCCCUCAAGCAGAAUCCAUACAAUUUGGGCGUGAUAAGGAACCUGGUGUCGUUCUUCCAUCUGCGCUGUUGUGGCCUCUUCAAGCCGGCCGUCAUUGACUGGACGCAGCAGUUCCCGCCCGGCCGCGACCAGCAUGGGUUCGGAAACACCGACUUGGUCUGACCCCCCCCCCCCCAUUCCUGCCACUCUGCGCUCGAGUCAAGGGUCAAGACUCUCACAGCGGUUUUGGACCAAAAGCACAAAGUGUAUUUAUUUAUUUUUUUAAAGGGUUGGCUCUGUCUGAAGAGAGAAUGUUUGGAAAACAUAAGGCAUCGUGUAGAUAUCAUUUGUUCAGUUUCUCCUUGUACAGACUGCUGCUGCCUUAUACUUGACCAGUGUAAGAGAAAUCACACAAAUGUGUUCAUUUUGAUGAAGUUCAAAACCUUUAAAGGCCUAAACUGUUUUUAUAAACACGUCAAGCUUAUUUUGUAUCAUCUGAUCUGAUGGAAAAAAAGGAUCUUUGUACAUGUAAACAGAUGGUUUUAUGACUUUUGUAAGAGUUGCAUGUGUUUAAUAACGAAUACCACUAUUCAAUAAAGCAAUGUUGUGCCUGUCUUCUUAA